AUGUGGUCCACGGGCGACCGCAGCGGCCCGCCGCCGUACCCCUACCCGGCGGACCGGACCUACAACACGAAGGGCGGCCCGAAGGAGGGCAUGAUCAACGUCCACCUCGUGCCGCACACGCACGACGACACCGGGUGGCAGGUCACGGUCGACCAGUACUUCGAGCGCGAGGUCUACUUCAUCGUCGACACCAUCGCGCAGCAGCUCGCCGAGGACCCGAACCGCAAGUUCAUCUACGUCGAGACGGCCUUCUUCGCGCGCUGGUGGGAGCAGGCGUCGGACGCGAAGCGCGACCGCAUGAAGAAAUUGGUCGCGGGCAAGCAGCUCGAGUUCAUCAACGGCGGCUGGUGCAUGCACGACGAGGCGAGCCCGCUCUGGACGGCCAUGGUCGACCAGACGACGCGGGGCCACCAGUUCCUGCUCAAGCACUUCGGCCCCGAGGCGAACCCGCGGGGCACGUGGCAGAUCGACCCCUUCGGCCACAGCAACACGGAGGCCUGGCUCCUCGGCGCCGAGGCGGGCAUGGAGUCCCUGUUCUGGGGGCGCAUGGACUACGAGGACCGGGACAUGCGCUUCGGCCUCAACCAGACGUCGUCGACGCCGGAGAAGCCGACGACGGGCGGCUUCGAGUGGAUCUGGGAGGGCUCCAAGUCGCUCGGCGCGUCGGCCCAGGUCUUCGCGGGCAAUCUGUACGGCACGGGCCAGGGCGGCUACUCGACGUGGAUGAACUUCGACGGCUCCGACGACCAGAUCAACGACGACCCGCGGCGCCACGACUACAACGUGGACCAGUGGGUCGACAAGUUCGUCCAGGACGCGCGGGCCCAGGCCGCGCACACGCUGACGGACCACCAGCUCUGGGCCUGCGGCACGGACUUCCAGUACCAGAACGCGGACCACUGGUUCCGCAACUUGGACAAGUUGAUGCACUACGUGAACCUCAACGGGUCCGUGAACGCGUUCUAUUCCACGCCGACGAUCUACACGGAGUGGAAGCACAAAAACAAGUCCGUCGUCUACGAGGUGCGCACGGACGACAUCUUCCCCCUCGCGGACAACGCCCACGACUACUGGUCCGGCUACUUCACGAGCCGCCCGGCGCUCAAGCGCCAGGUGCGCUUCGCCACAAAUUUACUCUCCGCCGCGCGCCUCCUCGAGGUCGCGACGAACACGACGGCGGCCGAGGUCGGCCGCCCCACGGCCAAGGCGUCGCCCGUCGUCGGCGACUCCUGGACCGACUCUUUGGAGGGCACCGUCGGCGUCGCGACGCACCACGACGGCAUGUCGGGCACGGAGCGCCAGGACGUCACCGACGACUACGAGCAGCGCAUCUCCGAGAGCUCCUUCGAGGUCGAGGCCGGCGUCGCCGCGUCCCUCGCGAAGCUCCUAAAGGUCGACAGAGCGGCCAUCGCCCACUGCAACUGCAACGCGGCGGGCGACUGCCUGAACAUGACGGUCUGCGCGGCGACGACGGACGCAAAGGCCGGCUUCACGAUCGCGGCCUUCAACCCGUUGGGCCAGGCCCAGGACGCCAUGCUGCGCGUCCCCGUCGGCGUCGCGGGCCACUGGACCUGCGACGACGCGUCGGGCGCGCCCGCGCCGACGCAAGCGCUGCCGUUGGACGACCGGACGAAGUCGCUGCCCCUGCUCUACGUCAACGCGUUCAACAUGACGCUCGCCGAGGUCGCCGAGGAGAAGGCCAAGCUCGCCAACAAGGCCGUGCAGGUGCUGGCGAUCCGCGCCUCGCUGCCCGCCGUCGGCCUGACGACGCUGUCCUGCGCGCCGACGCCGGCGGCGCCGCGGUACGCGCUCUCGGACCCGCCCGUGACCGUCGCGGACAACGCCGACGGCACGACGACGGUCGCCAACGGCUUCCUCGAGCUCACCUUCGCCGACAAGGCGCUGGUCUCCCUGAAGAAUUUGGACGCGGGCAUCUCGACGACGCUCACGGCGACGUGGGGCUGGUACAACUCGUCCGUCGGCGGCUGCACGGACUAUCCGGAUUACUUGCCCAAGGACAUCCUCGAGCCGCCGUGCAGCGGCCAGGCGUCGGGCGCCUACAUGUUCCGGCCCAACUCGUCGAAGCUCUUCGGCUUCGACCCGGCCUUCGAGCCGACGAUGGAGGUCGAGAAAGGAUCGUUAGUGACGGAGGUGCGCCUCGCGUCGGCGGACUGGGCGUCGCACGUCGUCCGCCUCCGCGCGGGCGCGCGCCACGUCGAGGUCGAGUGGACCGCGGGCCCCAUCCCCGUGGACACGCCCUGGUUCCCGCCCGUGGCCUUCGAGAACGGCAACGCGUCGAAACCGCUGCCGAACAACUGGGGCAAGGAGCUCGUGUUGAAGUACGCGUCGGACCUCGAGUCGGCCGAGACCUUCUACACGGACAGCAACGGCAAGGAGAUGGUCAAGCGCGUCCGCGACGCGCGCGGGCCAAGCUACCCGCACCCCUACAACAUCUCGGAGCCCGUCGCGGGCAACUACUACCCGGUGAACGCGCUCAUCGCGCUCGACGACGGCGCGAACGAGCUCUCCGUCGUCGUCGACGCGUCGCUCGGCGGCGCGUCCAUCGACGACGGGUCCCUCGAGCUCAUGGUCCACCGCCGGCUCCAGGCCGACGACAACCGGGGCGUCCAGGAGCCCCUCAACGAGACCAUGUGCGGCUGCAACGACGUCGGCGCGGCGCCGGGGUCCAUGGGCGCGCACGGCCACGAGGGCGACGGCGGCUGCGACUGC